GAUCGGAACCCAAAUGUGAGGCAUGUUACAAUUGCGCUCCUGCCAGCGGCGGUCCUGUACGGAGUGAUGGGGGGCAGGGUCCAGCAUGCAGCGGGAUUUAACGCAGUUUGCAGCAGUCACUUCCAGGAGGAUGGACGUAGAGAUGUGUAGCGCCUCCGUGGACAACCCCGUUACAGCAACGCUUAUUCCUACAGUGCUUCUGAGAGGAGCAGGGAGACGGUAACUCGGGUUUGCUUGAACCUCCCCAGAGCUGGAAGAUUAAAAAACACUAGGACAUAGUUUCUUUAGAAGAGCGAUUUCUUCAUGGACGUCAUUCUCUUCACGCAGUCUGUGAUGUGUGUGUGAGUGGAGGUGGACGCUGCAGUGGGGCUCUGGUGAUGUGUAAAGACUCCAACAGUCCUGAAUCUCUGCAACUUUUAGGAGCUGAACUCUGGGCUUCUGUUCAAGACUUUGGGAUCUUGGCAAAUCUGAGCACAGUUUGAGAAAUAGAUCUGUUCUGAAACUACAGGAGAAAGAGUAUAUGUUCUGGGCGCGUGUUCGCCAUGGCUCUAGUUCAGGCUCUGCCUGUGCCCACUGAUCACCCAAAGCCCAGUGCUGACGUCCAGCAGUGCUGCUCAGUAUCUCACUCCCCCUCCGUGGGUGCAGCAGGAACCAUGGGUUCCGUAAGCAGCCUCAUCUCUGGACGUACCUACCAGGAGCGCCACUGCCGAGCCAACAGCGAAUUUGGCGCUAAAUAUCGUAAACCCACCCCAGCCACCAGCUGCUUCCUACAGCAAGAGGGCACGCUCUGCAGUGCCAGUUCACAGGAGCAGCUCCUCAAAAACCAGCCUCCUUUACCUGCUAAGAACAAGUCCUCUGCCCUAAUUUCUGCUGGCAAUGGCAACUAUGGCUAUUUAAGUGAUGAGCCAGUGGGGGACUGGAAUGAUAAUCAUGUGACCGCGUGCAGCCCUUGCAGUGAUACUGAAGAGCCUCCUGAUAACAGAGGCAUGAAUGGUAACAUCAGUGGCCCUCCGCCCAAGCUCAUCCCUGUGUCUGGCAGGCUGGAAAAGAGUAUGGAGAAGAUACUAAUCCGUCCCACUGCCUUUAAGCCUGUCAUGCCGAAGAAUCGCAAUUCUGUGCAGUACCUGUCUCCACGCCCAGGGGGCAGUCUGUCUGAAAGCCAGGGCAGUCUCAACCUCCUACUCCCUGGUGGGGUAGCAGGGUUGGUUUGUGCCGAGAAGCGUAAUUCGUACAGUGGGGGUCGCAAUGCACGGAGUAGCCAAUCCUGCACCAUGUCUGACUCAGGCCGCAACUCUCUCUCCAGCCUGCCCACCUACAGCAGCACUGGGUACAGCCUGGCACAGAGCGAAGUAUCCUCCGGCCAGAUUGAAACCACACGCUCUAGUGGUGGCCAUGGACACUCUAAUUCUGACAGCGGUCGAUCAUCGUCAAGUAAGAGCACAGGGUCUUUAAGUGGGCGAGGUCAGCCACUGUCAGACAGCGGAUCAUGUGGGCGGUCCCCUGCUCCAGGGGAAGGAUAUGAAGGUGUCAUUCGUGAACUAGAGGAGAAACUGCGGGAGCGAGACCUGGAGCUACAGCAACUCAGGGAGAACCUGGACGAGAAUGAGGCAGCCAUUUGUCAGGUGUAUGAGGAGAAGCAGAAGCGCUGCGAACAGGAGAUGGAAGAUCUUCGGCAGAGCUGUGCAUCAAAGAUGAAGCAGGUGCAGGUGAAGGCACAACGUGCUCAACAGGUUCUGCAGCUGCAAGUGUUUCAGCUGCAGCAGGAGAAAAAGAAGCUGCAGGAGGAUUUCUCUCAGCUGCUGCAGGAAAGAGAAGCACUGGAAAAGAGAUGUGCUUCUUUUGAGAGAGAACAGACUCAACUAGGUCCCCGUCUAGAGGAAACAAAAUGGGAGGUAUGUCAAAAGUCAGGGGAGAUCUCUCUGUUGAAGCAGCAGCUGAAGGACACACAGGCAGAGCUUGGUCAGAAGACCAGUGAGAUUCUUGCUUUGAAGGCUCAGUUGAGAGAGGCUCGCUCUGAACUGCAAGCCAGCCAGGCUCAUUUGCAAGAAGCCCAUGCAACAGUCCGUACCCGUACACUAGAACUGGAGGUUUGUGAAAAUGAGCUGCAGCGCCGUAAGAGUGAAGCGGAGCUCCUGCGAGAGAAGGUGGGCCGUUUGGAGGAAGAGUCUCUCCGCCUCAAAGAGGCCCUGGUUGUGCCCACGCCCCAAGCUCCACCUUCUAAAGUCCAAUGCAAGAGUUUGCCCCUGCCUCAAAACCGUGGGGGGAUCUCUCACGGGAUUAGCCCUGCUUUCCGGGACAACAGCAGCGAAGAGCAGCUUCUUGCAUAUGAGAGCGAUGAAGCAAAGGUGCAACGACAGAGCGUGGAUGUGUUUCAUGGUCUCCGUCAGCAGGUGGAGCGACUACGAGCGGAAUUGAUGUAUGAGAGGAGGCGGAGCGAGGACCAGCUGGAGACUUUUGAUGAUGAGCGCAGGGUGUGGCAGGAGGAGAAAGACAAAGUGAUCCGUUACCAGAAGCAGCUGCAACAGAACUACAUACAGAUGUACCGGCGAAACCGUGACCUGGAGCGUGUUAUGAGGGAGCUUAGUCUCGAGCUGGAGAACAGGGAUAUGGAGGAGUUUGACAUGCGAAACAAUGAGAUCCACUUUGAGGAGAUCACUGCCACUGAAAUCUAGGCCACAUCUUACUCUCUGCCAUCAACUCAUUUGAUUCCCUCUCAAAAUUCCCUCCACCGUGGUUGUAUGAGGAGCACUGGUCAUCACAGCAAUAAAAUGCAAUAGAAGCAUGCAAUUCUUAACACUAUUUUAGAAAGACACAACAUCUCUAACAGAAUGUUGACACCCCUUUACAAUUAGUGGAUUUAGCUUGGCCCCUUAAAGUGAACACAAAUCUUAAUGCAAUGUCAUACAUUUACAUUCUCCAACAGUUUUUUGGCAGCAGUUUGGAGAGAUAUAUUUUCUGUUUGAGCAUGACAAAUGCCCUUGUGCACAAAGCAAGGUCCAUUAAGAAAUUGUCUGCUAGGUCUGGUCUAGUAGAAAUGGACUGGACAGCCAAGACCUGAACCCCACUGAACACAUUUGGGAUGAAUUGGUUGUUAAAAUCACAACAAUCACUGAAUCACUGAUGCUCAUGUCUGAAUAGGAGCAAAUCCCUGCAGCCAUUUUCCAACAUCUUCAAAUCAUAUUCCAAACGUAAGCUUUCUCAAAAUACAGGGAGCUGUUAAGGAGGACCGUCUUCCUAUUAAUGUCAAUGGUUUUGAAAUUAAAUGUCAAACGAGCACAUAUGGGUGUCAUGUUUGAGUGUAAACAUACUUCUGGCCAUAUAGUGUUUUUCCAUUAAGGCAUGUUAUUGUUGUGGUGUCAGCAGUGGCAAAUAAAAUAUGGAAGCGAUAUUUAGACAUGUCUAUGAUACAUUCCUCACACUGCCUCAGAAAUCUGUGAGUGAUUUCAAUUUAAUGUACGAACAGCAGUUCAUUGAUGCCACCGGUGACAAACACCUGUGUGCGAUCUGCAGAUAAACCCCUAUGUUACAACUUUUUAUUACUUCAUUUUAAAAACUUACGCACAAUCAGAUGGGUUCAUAUGACUGUCCCAGCAAAGAAACAUACUGAAAUGUUGUUGAAGAACUGAUGAGAGAUACAGCUUCAUGGGUUUAUGCAUAAUCUGAAUGCUUUCAUAUCACAAAGGACAGAGCACACUGCUUGGCUCUUCUAUUGUACUAGCACUAACGCUGAUGGGAAAAGACUUGGAAACAUGCUAUGAAGCAUCUAAUGUUAGGUCACUGAAACAGUUUUGUGGCAUUGAUUCUUGAUGUUCUUGUUGUUAUGCUGGUGUUUAGAGUCCUCAAUAACUGUGCUCUUACUUCUCAGACAUUUACGGCACUAUACACCAAGAAUUCUCCGUCUCAUCACACAGCGUCACUGCUAACACAACAUUUGAUACUAAUCAUUAAUGUAGAGGUGUUAUUUUUAUAUUAGAUUAUAUAUUAUCAAAUAUAACUAGUAAAUCAGUGGUUUCUCCACUCAUAGUGGGUGGGGCAAUUCUGAUCAGUUAUGACAUAGUUGAUGAAUGCAAAUAUUAUAUUAUAUUGGAUUUUCAUACAAUUUGAGCAAUACUAAUCAAAUGUUUGUGGUCUUUAUGAUGGAAAAAAGGGACAUAUACACUACUAACAACUUUGUUGUUUUUACGAAACAGAUACUUUUUAAAAUAAAAAGAGGAAGAAUUAAAUAUAUAUAUAUAUAUAUAUAUAUAU